AGAUCCUCGUCGGCUUCUAUCAGGAACCAAUUCCUGCGAAUCACUCGCUCUAUUACAGGGUUCAUAGGAGUAUUCUGAAAUACGUUUCUUCUACGUGCUGACCAACAAUUGAGAUACUGCACGGUAAUUGAGCCUCAACCAGACAGCACUGACCAGGAAACUAACCAGUUUGACGCCAUCACACCCUCACACUCAGAUACCCACAGUGCAUCCCCAGAAACCACCAACAAACUCCCAGAUAGCAUGUCAUCAGCCCCGACGGACAAUAAAAUCUCUACCUUCUCUUGCCGAUAUUCCACGGUGGGAUCCCUCGUCAGAGCCUGGUUUCUCCUCCCUGCUGACCAACAAUUGAGAUGCCGCACGUGAAUUGAGCCAGACAGCACUGUCACAGACAGGAUGCACAGUAUUGGUUCUCUUCAGCCUCUAUUGGUUCUCUUCUUCCUGCUGUUCAGUGUGUCAUUUGCUACACAGAUAUGUAAAGAAGGGGAAACCUAUUCUGUAUUUACAUGUGGGGCUCCGGGGAAGGAUGGUAAACCUGGAGUCAAUGGGCCCAGAGGGGACAAAGGAAAGCAAGGACCACCUGGAUUACCAGGAAUUGCUGGGCCACGUGGAAUACAAGGAAUACAGGGGCCUCAAGGUGAAAAAGGAGACAGUGAAGCUUCAGGACUUGACGACAUAAAAACUCAAAUAACAUCUUUAAAUGGAAGACUGAAUUCUCUGCAAUCUAAAGUGGAACAACAGGGAAAGGCUUUAAUAUUUUUUAAGGGUGCAGCAGCAGCUGGAGACAAGAUCUAUAUUUCACAAGGUGACCAGGCAAAUUACAAUGAUGCUAAGGCAGCUUGUACCAGUGUAGGAGGUCAAUUGCCUAUACCACUGAAUGAAGAUGAGAACAACGCUGUAAAGAAAAUAAGGAAGCAAUAUAAUCUCAACUCAUUUCUGGAUAUAAAUGACCUUCAGGAUGAAGGAACAUUCAGAUAUCCAAAUGGUGAAAAGAUUAGAUACUCAAACUGGAAUAAUAAAGAACCAAAUAAUGAUUAUGGAGUGGAAGAUUGUGUGGAAAUAAUUGAGGGUGGAAAAUGGAAUGAUAAGAAUUGUGAUGAAAAACAUCUGAUCAUCUGUGAAUUCAUUCCGUCAUAAAUAUUUUAAUUAUUUUAUACACACUUGGGGAGAUUUAUCAAAACCUGUGCAGUUGUCCAGUUACCCAUAGCAACCGAUCUGAAAAAUUAAGCAUUCUGAUUGGUUGCUAUGGUCAACUGGUCGACUUUUCACCUGCACAGGUUGUGAUAAUUCUCCCUUCAUAAAAUAUAAUUAAAAAGGUAAUACAAAAUGACCUGUAUAAUGUCAUUUACAUUUUUUAUGUAUUCAUAAAUCAAGUAUGAAUCAGAUAUUAUGGGAAAAAAAUUGAUAUGUAUUCCUAAAUGAAAUAUGAUUGAGAAAUCUUGAAAAUAAUCAAUUAAACACUCAUUUUAUCCAGCUGCAUAUUUGUGUAUGUAUCCAUUUUUGUUAGAAUGAAUUUCACGGCAGCUGUUGACCCCAAGAUUUCCACAAAGCUUCAGUGAUCAGAAAUCGGUAUCAUGAU